AUGGCCUCCAAAAAGCUCCCAAGACCACCACCUCUUUGCCGUCCUCCUCCGUCGCCAACUACCACCAACCUCUUCCCCCCACCCCCACCACCGCCACCGGAUACAUCACUCACUGUUCUCCCAACCCUUUCCCUACCCUCCUCUACUUCAACCACUCAAUCCCAACUCACCAAUUUCAUCAACACUCACCUCAAAAGCAACCUCACCCCUAACGACCUCCUCUCCUUCCUGAAAAACCACCUCCACCACCAUCCCAAGUUCGCUCMCCUAGACCUCCACGUCUUCCGCCACGCCGCCACACUCGACUCCUUUCGCCACGACCACUCCACCUAUGAAUGGAUGGUCCGUACCCUUGCCAUCACUCACCGCCUCGACUCCCUUUCACCCGUCCUUGAUUUCAUCGUCUCCAAUCCGUGCCCUUGCUCCGACGGUAUAUUUUCUUGCUCUCGUACUGAACCCAUCUUCCGUUUCGCUAUUAAUUCCUUCUGUAACGUCGGUAGGUUUGAUGAUGCACUCCAUGCGUUUGAUAAUAUGCGUAAACUAAUUGAUGGGAAACCUGAUGUAGCCAUAUACAAUAUUAUGAUUCAUAGUUUUGUCAAGCAUGAGAAAUUCGAAAAGGGUUUGGAGUUUUAUGGGAGGAUGAUUAAGGAUCGGGUUAAGCCUGAUGUAGUCACUUUUAACAUAUUGAUUAAUGGGUACUUUCGCAAUUCGAAAUUUGGGUUGGCAUUAGAGGUGUUUAAGGAAAUGAGGGCAAAGGGUUGUGUUCCAAAUGUGGUCACUUUUAAUACUUUGAUCAAGGGAUUUUUUAGGGAGAGGAAGUUUAAAGAAGGGAUAGGAAUGGCCUAUGAGAUGAUCGAAUUAGGGUGCGGUUUAUCAGUUGUAACUUGUGAGAUUUUGCUUGAUGGGCUUACCAAAGAAGGGAGGGUUUUUGAAGCUUGUGAUCUCUUGCUUGAUAUUUCAAGAAAAGGAGUUUUACCAACAAAGUUCGAUUACUUUGGCUUAAUUGAGAGGCUUUGUGAUAAAGGGAAUGUGGUUAAAGCAGGAUUAAUAGUAGAUGAGGUAUGGGAGAAAGGAAAUGCUCCAAGCACCAUCACUUGUACUACUUUGAUUGAAGGUUUAAGAAGGGUUAGGAACACUGAAGCGGCAUUUAGGUUGAUGGAUAAGAUGCUUAAAGAAAGUAUUAUUCCAGAUAGUGUGACUUUUAACUGUCUUCUUGGUGAUAUGUGUAAUUCAGGAAGAACGGUGGAGGCAAACAAGCUGAGGAUGUUGGCUUCGAAGAAAGGGUUAUGUCUUGAUGAGGUAACUUAUAACAUAUUAGUAUCUGGAUACUCAAAGGAAGGUAAAAGGAAGGAGGGAGAGGUUAUAGUUGAUGAGAUGUUGGAUAAGGAGUUCAUCCCUGAUAUUGUUACUUAUAAUAGGCUGAUGAAAAAGCUUGGUAAUGGAUGAAACUGUUCCUUUAGCAGUAAAGAUCCAGUUUUUAUUCAAACAAAUGCAUAUAUAUUGUGUGUUUUGAUUCAUAGGGUGUAAACCAUUCUGAUUAACAGCUGAUGGUAAUACUGAUCGAUGUAUGUGAUGCAUAAGCUGCUAAAAAUUGGUAAUUCGAUUUCUAUACUGUAUUUUAGAGGGAACCAAGUAUCUAGGCUUUCUUCAGAAAGAAAACGGCAUCCUACCUAUCAAACUGUAGAGGGAAGUUCAAGAUUGAUUAGGACAAUACGGGACAAAACAGAACAAAAUCUUGUCCCAGUUUGAUAGUUUGAUGUGACAAUAGACUGGGACAGGACAGGGAAUGAGUGGGUCAAAAUGCAUCUUUUUUGUCCCA